AAACAGCAUAUAUCUCUGGGAGGAAGAUGGAUAAAUAAUUCUCACACAUGUCCUGGCCUCUGGAGCUCAGCUGCCAGUCCACGUCUACGGAAUCUUAGCAUCUAGGACCAAGACACUUCACAGCGAUCAUCACCCUUUGCAGAGGAGGUGAGAUCACCGGGACUCAUCUGCCAUUGCAGACCUUUUGCUGCUACCUGACAGGUGGCCCCCACUGCUGACGAGAGAUGGUGGAUUUCCCAGUCUCCCUGGACUCCUUGAAGCCAGCAUCUCUGACCAGAAGUCUAGUCUUCCUCAUGCACCUCCUCCUCCUUCAGCCUGGGGAGCCGAACUCAGAGGUCAAGGUGCUAGGCCCUGAGUAUACCGUCCUGGCCCUCGUCGGGGAGGAGGUGGAGUUCCCGUGCCACCUAUGGCCACAGCUGGAUGCCCAGCACAUGGAGAUCCGCUGGUUCCGGAACCACACCUCAGACGUGGUGCACCUGUACCAGGAGCAGCAGGAGCUCCCUGGCAGGCAGAUGGAGGCGUUCCGGAACAGGACCAAGUUUGUCAAGGACUACAUCGCCUACGGCAGUGUGAUCCUGCAGCUUCACAGCAUCAUCCCCUCCGACGAGGGCACAUAUGGCUGCCGCUUCCUCUCCAACAACUUCUCUGGCGAAGCUCUCUGGAAACUGGAGGUAGCAGGGCUGGGCUCAGACCCUCACCUCUCCCUUGAGGGCUUCAAGGAAGGAGGCAUUCAGCUGAGGCUCAGAUCCAGUGGCUGGUACCCCAAGCCUAAGGCUCAGUGGAGAGACCACCAGGGACAGUGCCUGCCUCCGGAGUUUGAAGCCAUCGUCUGGGAUGCCCAGGGCCUGUUCAGUCUGGAAACAUCUGUGGUUGUCCGAGAGGGAGCCUUCAGCAAUGUGUCCCUCUCCAUCCAGAAUCUCCUCUUGAACCAGAAGAAAGAGUUCGUGGUCCAGAUAGCAGGCGUGUUUUCUCCCGGAGCCUCUCCGUGGAAGGGCGCUUUGGUCGGGGCCCUGGCGGCGCUGCUGGCGGUCCUCGCGGCGCUGGCGCUGGGCUUCCUCCGGCUGCGGCGGCGAUGCCAAGAAAAGCUGAAGAAGGAGGCGGAGAAGAGAGAAGGGAAACUCACUGCAGAGCUGGAGAAGCUUCAGAAAGAGCUUGACUGGAGACGGGCUGAAGGCCAGGCUGAGUGGAGAGCAGCCCAAAAAUAUGCAGUGGACGUGACUCUGGAUGCGGCCUCCGCGCACCCCAGCCUGGAAGUGUCCGAGGAUGGCAAGAGCGUGUCUUCCCGCCGGGCGCCGCCAGGCCCCGCGCCGAGCGACCCGCAGCGGUUCUCGGAGCAGACGUGCGCGCUGAGCCUGGAGCGGUUCUCCGCGGGCCGCCACUACUGGGAGGUGCACGUGGGCCGCCGCAGCCGCUGGUUCCUGGGCGCCUGCCUGGCCGCGGUGCCGCGCGCGGGGCCCGUGCGCCUGAGCCCGGCGACCGGCUACUGGGUGCUGGGGCUGUGGAACGGCUGCGAGUACUUCGUCCUGGCCCCGCACCGCGUGGCGCUCCCCCUGCGCGUGCCUCCGCGGCGCCUGGGCAUCUUCCUGGACUGCGAGGCGGGACAGCUGUCCUUCUUCAACGUGUCCGACGGCUCCCACAUCUUCACCUUCCACGACACCUUCUCGAGCGCGCUGUGUGCCUACUUCAGGCCCCGGGCCCACGACGGCGGCGAACGUCCGGAUCCCCUGACCAUCUGCCCGCUGCGGGUUCGAGGGACGCGCGUCCCCGAAGAGAACGACAGUGACACGUGGCUGCAGCCCUAUGAGCCGACGGACCCCGCGCCGGACUGGUGGUGAGGCGCCCUCGUGGCCGCAGGAUCCCAGGCCCGCGCUUUGCUCUCCUGCUCCGUCUGAAGUGAGCAGGUGCACCAGCCACAAUGUCAGCCAGGGGGACAAAGAGGGGGACCUUUGCCUACGUAGAUGCGUAUGUGUAAUGCGAUUUUCUUCAAGGAAAGGAGACACGUCCAAAACUCAUAUGUGGAUUGUGGGACUGAGCGAAUGAGCACAAAGACAUCCAAGUCGCUGAGAGCCGGGGUUGCCUGCGGUGGGCGGUGGGAAAGAAGCCAGCGUGGAAGAAAGACGGAGAAAGCUUUGGUGACUGCAUUAGAGGGAUCAGUUAAUUUGUAUCGUUUUAUAUUUUUUGUAUACGUUUGCUAGCUCUAAAAAAGUCGAGACGCAAUGACACUUCGUAAGCAACGAGUUCACCUAAGUAAGGCUCAGAUCCUAGUUUUAAAUAGCAUUUCCCAUUAAAAUGAAGUUGAAGAAACAGCUGCUUCUGGGGCUGGGGCAAAAAUUUCAAGGUGAGCCUGGAGCAUUGUGUGUGGUAAAGUAAAAUAAGCGCUCAAAACGUGACGGAAACAUGGCAAAAGGGUAGAGGAGCCAGGCUGAAGGGACCUCACUGACCAAUUGUGGGACAAUUUGAAUAUCAGGAUGAAUAAUGACAGGAGAGAUGAUAACACACUGAAUAAAAACAUAAUCCAUGA